AGGAAAGGCACCAAGGUAAGAGCAUCGAAACAGCAGACGAAUUCGCAACGCCAGUUUCCGUCCGAAACAUCAAACCGAUCGGAGAGGAGCUGUGGUAAAAAUCGUCUGCGAGGACUGGGAGCCGGCUUUCGUUUUUCGCUCGUUCACGCCUGUUUUCACUAGAUUGGCGCGUGCCAAAUUCAUGUUUUGUUCUACAUCAUCGAAUUUCUGAGAAAGGUGAACAAAGAAAAUCAUUUGUGGAUGUAUUAUUUAUCUAAUUUUUACAGAUGUUCAGAAUUCGUUGACAAUUAACCCACUGGGGAACAUUUGUGGCUGAAUUUGGAAUACGCAAAAAUGAUUCUUUGGAUUAAAUUUAUGUGGAUGAUUAUUUUCCACAAGUGCCUAAUAGUUUAUGGUCAGUCUCGUCCACCACGAAUAACAGAGCAUCCAUCUGAUGUGUUAGUUCGAAAACAUGAACCUGCUACUUUAAACUGCAACGCCGAGGGUAGACCUACCCCAAAUAUCGAGUGGUACCACGAAGGCUCACGGGUCUAUGAUAAUUCCAAUCGCAACAUUCUUCCAAGUGGAUCUUUGUUUUUUCUUCACGUACUCCAUAACAAGCGAGAACAAGAUACGGGAACUUACUGGUGUGUAGCAAUAAACGAUUUAGGUAGAGCUCGAAGUCGAAAUGCCACUCUAGAAGUAGCCGUACUCAGAGAAGAUUUUCGAGUUGUUCCAAAAGCUGUUGCUGCUGCUGUUGGAGAAAUUGCGACUCUUGAGUGUACUCCUCCAAAAGGACACCCUGAACCUACUGUGCGCUGGCGCAAAGAUGGCGAAGUAAUUAAUACAGGAAAAGGUAGAAUUCGCAUUGUACCACCUGGAAACCUUGUUAUAUCUGAAGUCCGUCAGAGUGAUGAGGGGAGGUAUGCAUGCGUUGCGGAAAACAUGGCUGGAAUCAGAGAAUCCCUGCCUGUCCACAUGGCAGUCCAUGUGAAACCAUUUUUUGUGAAGGAGCCGGAGCAUCUUACUGUAUUAUCUGGAGCUGAUGUUUCCUUUCCUUGUGAUGUUGAAGGAGAUCCACCUCCUUCAGUUACUUGGAGAAGGAAAGACAAUAAAAUUGCACCUGGAAGAGCUGAAGUCUCCAAAGAUAGUAGUUUGAUUAUUAAAAAUGCAAGCAUUAUUGAUGAGGGUACUUAUGUAUGUGAAGCGGAAAACUCAGUGGGAACAAUUUCAUCCGAAGUUUCUUUAACUGUUCAUUCUCGCCCUAAUUUUCUUUCACGACCCAAGGAUCAGAGGAUUGGAUUAAAUGGAAUAGCUAAAUUUGAAUGUGCUGCAACUGGAAAUCCACCACCUUCAAUAUUUUGGACUAAAGAAGGAAAUCAGGUUUUAAUGUUUCCUGAAAGAUCCUAUGGAAGAUUUGCUGUCAAUCGAGAAGGAACUCUAACAAUAUCUGGUGUCAGAAAAGAAGAUGAUGGUUAUUAUAUUUGUUCAGUUCUUUCCGGCAUUGGAUCUUCAAUGACUAAAGCUUAUUUGGAAGUUACAGCUAUAGGAGAUCUACCUGCCCCGGUCAUAAAACUAGGACCUGCUAAUCAAACUUUACCCUUAAAUACUGUAGCCAUGCUACCUUGUGAGGCAACUGGUGAACCUCCACCAAUCAUAAGAUGGUAUUCAGAUGCUUCUCCUUUACAGUCCAGUAAUCCCAGAUUUGUCAUCCUUGAUUCAGGAACGUUGCAAAUUGAUUCUGUUCAACCAGAAGAUUCCGGUCUUUAUACUUGCACAGCUUCAAGUGAGAGUGGGGAAACAUCUUGGAGUGCCACUCUUAAAGUUGCUUCUCCCAGAAACCCAAAUGUUAUAUUUCACAGAAUGCCUGAUCCUUCAACAUUUCCAAGUCCCCCAUCAAAACCUUCUCCUUCAAACAUUACAGAAACAUCUGUAACAUUAUCUUGGAAGAAAGGUUCAAAAAUUGGAGCAUCCCAGAUUACUGGCUACACAGUUGAGUAUUACAGUAGUGAUCUUCAGAGUGGUUGGGUUGUACUUGCUCAUCGAGUACCUAAGGAAUCCUUUGUUGCCUCUAAUCUCAGACCUGACACUAAAUAUACAUUUCUUAUCCGAGCUGAAAAUUCACAUGGAUUAAGUUAUCCAAGUCCGAUUUCUGAAGUCAUUCACACUCAUGGACAUUCAUCUGUUAUUCCUAAUUAUAAUUUAGCUGAAGCCCGGUCUCAUUUGAGUGAUAUAGUAAUAUUUUUACAAUCGGUAAAUGCCAUAAGCUCAACUGCUGUAAAGAUGAUGUGGAAAAUACAAGGCUCUUCCGGUUUUAUUGAAGGAUUUUAUAUUAGGUUUCUUGAUUUGGGAGGAGGAUCUCAAAAAUACAAUAUGGUUACUGUUUUGAAUGCUGGGUCCACAUCUUAUGUAUUAUCAGAUCUGAAGAAAUUUGCCAAAUACGAAUUUUUCUUAGUUCCCUUUUAUAAAAAUGUUGAAGGUCCUCCAAGUAAUUCAAAAAUAGCUCAGACAUUAGAAGAUGUUCCUUCUGCACCUCCAGUAAAUUUACAAAUGAAAGUUAAUGGCCCUGGAAGUGCAACAGUGUCCUGGUCACCGCCACCACCACAACACCGUAAUGGAUUGAUGCAAGGUUAUCUAAUUAAAAUUUUGGACAAUUCAUCUCAUCUUCAUUCGUUCAUCAAAACUAAUGCAACCACUACAUCUGUUUCUCUAACAAAUUUAACCGAUGGAAGUAUUUACAAAAUACAAGCUGCUGCUUUUACAGCUGUUGGUACUGGUCCUUUUUCCCUACCAAUUCAACCAAAGAUAGAUUUUGAAGCUGUUACAUUUAAUGAAAAACCUACAUCUGCUGCUUCUGACAUUGGAGAUAUUGUGCAACAGCCUUGGUUUAUUGCUGUAGUUGGCGGCUUAAUAUUUAUCCUUCUUUCUGCCUUUUUUGUUGGUCUUUUCAUCCGUCGCCGAAAGGCAUGGAAAAAGGAAUUGCAAGCACAUCUCUCUGGUCCCGUUCAUAAACCUGAGGAUGUUCGUGUUGGCGUAAGCACUCGUGAAGCUCUUUGGAUUAAUCCAGCCUGGCAUCCAACUCCUACUAUGAAAAACUGCAUGCCAGAUAGUAAACUGCUAAAUAAUGUCCCUCCAGGAGUUGAUCAUAGCUACAUAAGCCUCUAUUCCCCUUUUUUAAGCAGUGGUGGUGCUUCUGACUAUGCGGAAGUGGAUACACACAACAUGACAACUUUUUACAAAAAAGAACUUCCUUGUGUUCCUGCUCCUUAUGCUACUACUACUCUCAUCAAUCCAUCUGCAAGACAUCACAGUGGAUCUGUCCAUGAUGGUAAAAGCAGUGGCUCUGAAGUAAGCAAAAAAUCUGAUAAGAUGUAUGAUAUGGAAGCUCGUUUGAUAGAAGAUUGUGUUACAGAGCAACUUCUUGAUGCAAGAAAUGUGAUAAGCCCCUCUAGUGAUUCUGGCAGUUAUACUACAGAUGAGUAUGGCCUGCCAAUACGGAGAAAAAGACUGAGAUCAGGUCAAAAGGGAAGUGUCCUUAAUUGGAUGGAGUUUAUUCCUCCUCCUCCUGAUCAUCCUCCUAGUGAAAGAAACUCUCCGAUACAUGAUAUAACCUCAUGUCACAGAAAUCCUUACCUUCUACGAAAUAUUCAUUCCCAGCCUCCUCUAGAUAACUCUUCAAAUUUAAGUCAAUCACCCCAAGUCUGUAGAAGUCUGCAAUCCUCAGCACUUGCAAGGCAUAAUCCCUCAUUUCCUUUGUCUCACAGCCUAAAUCGGGAGCAAGAUGAGGGGAAGAGAAAUCCCACCCCACCCUCAUCGAUGGGCAAUCGACAUCCUAUAGUAAAUAGUCACAUACCAAUUAAACAAUCCUACAGUUCUAGUCCAGGUAUUGACAGGGGUAUACAGUCUUCCCUGUUGUCCCUAGCAAGUGAUCCUUGUCCAGGGAUGAAGAAACUGAGCCAAGACCGGGGGUGUAAGGCUAACUCAUUACGCAAUAAUCAAGGUGUAGUCUAUCAUCAACUGCAGCCUGAACCAAUAACUCAAGAGAGAAUGAGACUCUAUGACAAUGUGAUGCAAACUAUUCAGUCUGGAGCAGCUCAUUCUCCAGUAUCUAGUAUUCAUGAAGACGAAGGCUAUGCUCCUGGUCACUGUCCUGCUCCUUCCUGGACCAGUGUAACAGACAGGAGUAGUGCCUCUAGUGUACGGUCUAGUGUAGCUAGUUCAUCAGAUGGAUCAGUUUAUACUGAUUCUGAUUUUGCCAAUGUGGUUGCAAAGGCUGCACAGAACACUGGUUUCCACUUAUUCAAACCAGUUUCUUUGUCAUCUCAACCGUCCAAACUAGAACCUGCUUCUCCUUCAUCACUCCUAAGUCCUGUACAUAAUUGUUGAUUUUGUGAAAUAAUACGAAAUGGAAAUGUCUCCAUGCAACUCUUUCUUCCCAUUUAGUGAAAAUAGUAAUAAUUAUAAAGAAAAAACAAACUGUCAGCUUCCUACAUCUGUCAGUCAUCAUUUGCAUUAUACUGUGUACAAACCAUAGAAUUAUAGCAAAGACAUUUUAUUACCUCUGCUUAAGCAAAGUGUCUGAGAGAGUCAAGAACUAUUUCAUUCAAAAACUUAUUGUUUAAAAAUAGUUGUAUGUUCUUUAUCUCUUUGAUGCAUUGUUUCUAUAAAAUUAUUUUCAAUUUGUACUUCGUUACAUUUUUUGUGAAUUGUUGAAAUUACCGUGCAUUACAUUUGAGGACUAGAAAUGGAAAACGAUCUAAAUCUAAAAAAGAAAAUUCUUCAAGAAAACCAAAAAAGGAAAAGUGGUACUUUGGGUGUUCUCCAUUUCACUCCUUUGGGUUACAUAUUUAACUACGACCAACAACUUAGGACAUUCUCCACUUUGUUUAGCUUGCUCUUUUUGGACAUUUUUCUAUUAAAAAACUUUUUUUUUUCAUAUUUUUUGGUACUUAGGUUAUUUUCCAUUUCUAGUCGUCAAUUAUCCGAAUUUCCUUUUCCUUUUUUAAAAAAAAGAAAAAGAUGUUUUCUAUUUAUUUUUUUGAAGUUAUGCUUUAGGGAUGCAUAAUCAACUCCUACAUCCCAAAAGUCUAGUGUGAAGCUUUAUAAAUUGGACCCUGAAUAAUUUAAAAUAAAAAAGUACUUCAUUUAUAUUCAUUCAUUUGCAUUGAUAUUAUAUUAUUUUGAUUUAUUUACAUUAAAUACUUAUUUUUUUAAUCUUUAGCUGAGUUAGGAAAUUGGUAAUUCAUAUGUAAACAAGUAAAAAAUUUGAAAACUGUUUUCUACGCGAAUGAUUAAAAUAUAUGUUAUAAUGUAAUAAGGUUUGAUUAAAUGUUUCUAAACCAUUCUUAACAUUUCAAUUUUUUCUAUGAAAAAAAAGUUUUUUUUAAUUUCAAUUUUAGACUUAACCUAAUUUUAAUAUGACAGCAUUUGUAUGCUAUAUAUUUUGUAAGAAACUGAUUUUUCUUACUAGCAGAUUUUUUAUACUCCAAUUAUAAAAUCCUAUUUGCAGAAUUAGCUGCUAAAUUUUUAUGUCCCUAUCUCAGAACUCAGGCAUUUUAAACCUUUUUUCCCAUAUCUUGUAUUUUUAAGAGCAAUUUAGAUAUAUUUUCAAGAUGAUUCUAAAGUAAUUGCUUCUCUUUAUUUCAUAUAACAUAUGUGUAUAGAACAUAUUAUUCUAAACCAAUUGUUUUUAAAAUGUCAAUCCUGAUCUCAUAAUUAUUGUGACAUUUUUAGUACUUACAUCAGCUUUGGGGUGGAAUUUUUGUGCUUAGUGAUUUUAUUUGUUGCAUAUACAACAAAUUAUUUAACUAAAUAAAUUCACACAGGUUUUUCAUAAUAUACUCUUACUAUUUAAGCGUAAACCUAAUGAAUACUUGAAAGGAAAGAAAAAAGUAGUUUGUUCAUAAAUAUUAAUACAUCAUUAUUUUUUGUCUUUUAUUUCUACUUGCUGGUUCACAUGAAGAAAGUAAAAUAAGAGAAUUGUAUGUAACAAUUAAGUAUGUUAAAAGAUUUUCUGUAGUUUAAUAACCGAAGUACUUAUAAUUAUUGACGCAUGCAUUUUAAGCAUGAUUUUCAACGAAAGAAAAACUAAAAUAAUAAAAGAAACUAUUUUGCUGUCUUAAUUUAUUUAAAGGAGUUUGUUAACGAACAAGGGAAAUACACAUCUGUAAAAUUCCUGUUAAAACGAAAUGAAUCUUAAAUUAAAUAGUACAUGAUUAAAAUACUUUAAAAUUAGCCAUUUUUAACAUGACAGUAAAAUAAGUACUAUUUAAGUUUCAGUUCAUUUGCUUUUAAACUAAUAUUAUCACCAGCUUUUGUGGAUUUAUGGAUUGACACUUAGGCUGUCUGCAUACUAUCAGAGAGGUUGGAGGGGAGGGGGUUACUUUUAAAUUGUUAUUUUUCAAUUUAAAUAGUUUUGUUUACAAAAUUACUUUUUUUAAAAAUUCAUUUAAAUUAAAAAGUAAUAAUUUGCAAAUGAAGUAACACAUACUAAAUAGUUAUCCUCUUUUUUAGAACAAAAAUCUAGAUGAGAUUAAGAUAUCACUGUUGGGAUACCCCCUUUACUUCUCUAGUAAAAGGCGGAAAGCAUAAUCUUAAUGUCACAAAUCCACAUCAGCAGGAAGAUUUUCUUAGUUAAAGAAAAUAAACUGGAACUUAAAAGAAGCAUAUUUUACCCAUGGGGCAGAAGCAGGGGGAAAAAAAUUUUCUGUCCUAUGUUUUCAACAAUGCUCUUUAAUUUAAGCCUAUUUUUGUUUUAAUAGAAAUUUUACAGGUGCUCUGGCAAGCAAUAUGAUAAAAAUUAUUUUAUAGGAUUUAUUUCUUUUACAUAUUGUAUUCAUAAUCUGGGAAAAUAUAAUGUGAGCUAUUCACAAUUCAGCCUUUCAUAUUUUAUAGUGUUGAAAUAUAAAUUGUGUUUAUUGUCAAUAUGAGUAACCUUUAAUGCUUGUGAAUAAUUUUUGAUACGUUUUAUAUUUUUGAGUUAGAUAUUUAUCAAAAAUUCAACUUAAAGUAUGUACUUUGGAAACUUUUUCAGCCUUUACUGAUCAGAAAUUUUUCUGAAAUUCAUUUUGUAAAAAUUUACAUUCAAUCUAUCUGUACCAAUUUGAACUUAGUGUGUGUAUUCUUUUGCUUACAACUAAAUGGGUGCCAAAGUCUUCAGUUGCUGGCCCACUUGCCAUAUUUGAGUCAUGUAAAUGCAAAACAAACUUGUAAAUAGAAUGUAAUUUAUUUUUGUAAUUUAUUGUACAGAAGUUUUAUAAAGUUUUUUUUCUAGAUGAA